CCGUGGCGUGACGCCACCACGUAAAUCCAACGUGGCAUGACAUCACCGCGUACUGCGUCGUGACGUCACUCGGGCGGCCUGCCCCGAGCUGCAGGCGGAGGAGACCGUGACGCUGGCCAAUGGAGCCAGAGCUCAUCACUUCGAUGACUUCACAGCGGGAGGUGCCCCUCUCCUCACAGCAGGGGGUGCCCCUUCAGGACCUGGAGGCCGAAUCCCCGGCACCACCCCCUUACCUUGCCCCGCCCCCUUACCCAGACCCGGCCGACAUGAUUGGUCUGGCCGGGUGUGACAUCCCUCCACAAGGUCCGCCCCUGUACCUGACUUCGUGUAAUAUCACACACAUGGCCCCGCCCCCGUGUGAUGUCACAUUCCUGGCACCUCCUCCGGCUCCACCCCUGCACAUGGAGGAGCAGGAGGCUCCAUUGGAUCUUUCAAUGAGCUCCCAGGACAGGGUGACAGAUGAGGCCCUGGAUCUUUCCAGACGGACGUGCAGAUCAUCAACACAUAGGGCCCCUAGUGUGUGGACCAUGCCGGCGGCUCCGGAUCUCGGCUCCAAACCCAUGUCGCUCUCGGUUCCGGACCCUGGCUCUUUGCCGGUGCCGGUUGUGGGGGGCGGCCCCCUCGAGGGUUUCCUGUCGCGCUUGUGCUGCCAGCACCAGCGGCUGCUGCUGGGCCUCCUCCGCUACGCCACCAACUCCCGCACCGCCAUCGCCGCUGCUGGUAGUGGUCCCGCCGUCGUUCGACAAACGAUCGGCACCGCCGAGGAGCCGGGACCGGUAGCCGGCAGUUCGAGGGAGCCGACUGCCGGCCUUGUAAUGGCCCCGGCGCUCAGCUGGGGCCCCUCUGGCCUCACCGGCCUCGCCGGCCCCACGUGUGAUGGCAGUGCCACCGUGCAGCUCUGCGAGGAGGAUACCGGUGCCCGGGCCACGGCGCUGUUCAGCGUGAACGGAGGCGGUGCUGUGCCCAUCCACUUCCAAACACCGGGGCAGCCGCUGUGGCUGCCGGUGCAGGCGGUGCAGCCUCUGCGAGUGCAGCAGUCGGACGCGGGGGGUGCCAGCGAGGCCGGGGCUCGGCCCGUCGAUCCACUGCCGGUGCCUUCCUCUUUCCCGGGCGUCGACGAGGCGGAAGAGAGGGAGGGGGUGGCGGCGGCCAGUGUUGUCGAGGGGCCGGCGACGACGGAGGAUGGCGCGGUGGGAUCGACAGCGCCUGGCAAGCACUCGCCGAAGAAGCGUAAGAAGAAGAGCAAGCGGAGGAAGGCGGCGGUGACGGUGGCCGGGGCGGGGGCGGAGGCACGGGCGGGUGGGCUGGGCCGCAGCGCGGGCACUGCCCGCAAAUCGUUGGUUCCCGGUUGCGCCCGCGCCACUACCUUGAUGCCGCACCUCCUCCAGCAGCAGCAGCAGCGGCACCGGCGCCGCCACCACCACCAUCACCGGCGCUGCGGCUACGAGCGGCCGAGCCUGAGCGAGGCGGCGCAGUGUGACGUGGUGUACGUGAGCCGCCCCGUCGACCCCCAUGGCGACGGUGCUGGCGAAUCUGUCGAGAACGCAGCGGGCUCCGGGAACGAUGGCGGCGAUGGCAAUGACGGCGCCACCGCGGCAGCUCCUACGGACGCCGGCGUCUCCGUGGCUACACCAGUGCCCAAGCCGUUACCGGCACCGCCGCUGUCGCCGGUGCGGUGCUAUGGCAAGCGCUCGGCUCGCAAGAGCACGCGGGGCCACGUGAGCGGUGCUGGCGGCACGUGGGAGGUGCACACAGUGCGCGUGGCGCGGGCGGCGCUCAUCGGCGUCCCUGAUAUCGGGCGCCGGCGCGCACUCUCUGACAAUAACAGUCGCUCGCUCCCCAAUAACACCGGUGCCGGAACGGGUACAAGCAGUCACCACCACCGGCGCACGCUCUCAGCGUCGUGCUGUGACGCCAGCGCUCUCUUCCCUGCUACUGGCGAGCGCCAUUCAGCGCUAUCGGAGAACGAGCUGGGGGGUGGCGGUGGUGGCGAGAUCUUGAAGACGGUGGUGCCGCCGGUGCCAGUGGGACCCUCGGAGGACAACGUGGUGAGAGUGGAGGAUGGUGCCCGCAUCGCUCAACCCCGACCGCGUGUGGAGCGAGGGGUCCGAGCGAGGAUGAGAAGCUGGCGUGGCCUUCGUACCGGCGCUGGCGCCGCCACCAAUGCCAGGAAGACGGCAAGAGGCUCUGGUCUUGUUGGCGCCAGCGCCGAGAUCGCGGCGUCCCCCUCGGCUCUAGCUCCACCCACCUCCUCGUGCCAGAUGGCGCCGCCGGAACGGUUAGCCACUGCCCCUGUUGUUGCCGGUCCAUCGAUGCCAGCCGCCGAGCCCACGGCGACCGACGGUGAUGGCGUCUCCCUGUCGCUCCUCGACCGCGUGGCUCCACCGACACCACCACCACCAGCAGCAGCAUCCCUGACGCCAACGGCCGAGACCGGCGAGCCUUCCCAUUUGCCCAGCACAGACUUGCUCGCUGGCGCCAACCGCUCCCCCAUACCACCGGCAUCUCCGGCGCUGGUGGCGGAGGAGGAGACCGAGGAGUCGGCACCGCUGGUGAGAGCUGGGACAGAAAUGAAGAGGGAGGAGGAGGAGAGGAGGGGAGGAGACGCGGCGCUACCGUCCACGCCGGAGGCGGCGCCAUCUUCUUCCCCGGGGGUCGGCGCAGGAGAGGGAGGGGCCUGCGGGGAGGCUGGCGGUGGAGGGGGACGCGGUGGCGCGGAGAGGCUACCCAGCGGCCCUCUGUGA